AAAACGUAUUAAACACUUCUUGUAGUCAUCUAUAAAUACAUAUGACACGACUUAGGUUGUUUAUUCAAUCGGUAAAAGUGUUACGGUAAUAAUGAAAUUCUAGCAUUUAACCAACGUGCAAAAUGACAGCGAUUAAAGCGUAUUUUACAGUACUAGUCGUAGUCGUUUUUUAUCAAACAACUACACUUGGUAAAUUAUUUUCCCGAUCGACAUCAAGUGAUACCAGAAGAUUCAUGAAGUUUCUUCCAAAUUCAGUCGAGUCAUUAGACACUUUAGUUGUACAAGGAGGGGACGCGGUUAAGGCCAAAAGUUAUGACAAAUUGGUAGAAAUGUAUAAAGACAAUCAUGACAAGGAAGCUCUGAUGGCGCUGACUAAAAAUGCGCACAUUUUAUCUUUUAAUUACAAAAAUUCGAGCGCAUCAUUAAAAAGCACUAAAAAUCUUUGGGGCUUUAAACAAGGGAUUCAAUACGCUGACCAAUGCAUAAUAGCAUUCGAGGGCAACCCGGCUGACCUUUAUGAAUGUCUAAAGUGGAAAGCAGCGCUUAUAGAAACAGAUAUUUUUGAAGGAAACGUAAAGAUGAACUUAUUGAAUCUGGGUCCGUUAAAGAAAGUUUUAGAUCGCAUGGACGCAAUAAAGGAGAAAAACCCCGAAAUCCCCGACGAUCCAUAUGUGACUUUUCUGAAAGGAAGAAUAAUAUGCGAAAUUAAAUUAAUAACAGAAGAGAGUGGGAAAAUCGUUCAAAAAACAAAAGAACUUUUGUAUGGAAGUGUAAUCAAUCAUGACCAAGAAUCAAUCCAAACUUGUAUAAAAACGUUGAAAGAUUACGAAUCGCAAGUCGGCGAUUCUGGGCAAUUAAUAGAAAGUAAACUACUACUGGGCAAAGCUUUUAUAGCAGAACGAGAAUGGCCAGAAGCCCAAUAUUGGCUCCAGAAAGCAGUGGACAUACCGGUUAGAGAUACCAAGGGAAAAAUGAAAAAUGAAGAAGCACGAAGUUUAUUAGAAAAUCUUCAAUUGAAUUAUUUCUCAAGAAACAUUAUACUAUAAAAUAUUAUAUUAUUAAUAAAAGUUUAUAUAUUGCUAAUACUGUACAAUAGCCUACAAAAAUAUUUAUCAGAUGUGUGCUAUAAAUACAACAGAUAGGUACUAAACACCAUAUUUUUAAAACAUUGUAUCGUUAUUAUAAUUAAAACACAAUUGCAAGAUAUCAGUCGUUAUCAAGUUAAUUGUUGUAUUCGUUGCCCCUGACUCUUAUAAGUAUACUAAAUUUACUGUAAAAUUUGUAAAAUUUAUUUUAUGCAAGUGAUAUUUUGGCUCUAUAUAAAAUACGUUAUACUAUAGCACAGACGCAUAAUAUAAGUGAAAAAAUUUCUUCAUUAAAAGUUAUUUGAACUAUA